AUGCGUACACCAGAACAAAGUGCAAAACUAAUUAGUGAACUAAUUGAAGAGUGCAUCCCCGAAAAUACGUUAAAGUCCGUAAGUUCGAGCCUAGAAGCGCAAGUAAUUUGUGCUCGGAUACCAGGAUUGGAAGCCCGGCAACGCGAGAUUUGCCGGCAGUCACCAGACGCCCUGGUAGCUGUCGGUGAAGGGACAGCACUUGGGGCAGCCGAGUGCCAACACCAGUUCAGACACCGCCGAUGGAACUGCACCAGUUUGGGAGAUGAUAAUGUUUUCGGUCAUCUCAUGCUUCCUGGUUCCCGCGAGGCAGCCUUCAUGUACGCCGUGACUAGCGCGGCGGUGGCGUACGCCGUUACCGCUGCAUGCGCCCGAGGGAACAUUUCAGCGUGCGGGUGUGAUACAUAUAAACAAAGCGCAUUUCGAACUGUCAGCAGCUGGAAAUGGAGUGGAUGCGGAGCUGAUGUCGGAUUCGGUAUCAGGUUCGCCAGAAAAUUCCUGGACGCACGAGAAAUCGAACAGGACGCACGAAGCAUGAUGAAUUUACAUAACAACAAAGCUGGAAGAAAGGCCGUCAAGGAUAAUUUGAGAACGGAAUGCAAAUGCCACGGCGUCUCAGGAUCAUGUACAAUGAAGACUUGUUGGAGAUCUUUACCAACAUUUCGAAAUGUUGGGAAUUAUUUAAUGAAGAAAUAUUAUCGCGCUCGUCUAGUUGUCGCUAUUUAUGGAAUUAAACAGCAAACACGAAUAUCAAACUUGUUCAAUAAAGACGAUGGUUUAAGUUUGAUUAUAAAGCGAGCUAAAUCGAAUGGAUUAGUAGGAAAACAGAUUUUUCCUAAGAUAAACGAUUUUGUGUAUCUGCAAGCUUCGCCAAAUUAUUGUGAAGCAGAUUUGACCACUGGAAGUUUGGGAACAAGAGGCAGAACUUGCAACAGAACCGGAACAGGUAGUGAUGGCUGCGAUAUAAUGUGCUGUGGCCGAGGGUACAACACUCAUCAGAAUAUUCGAAGUUGGCAAUGUGAAUGCGAAUUUCAUUGGUGUUGCUACGUGAACUGUAGGACGUGCACGGAAGUUAAAAAUAAAUAUACGUGCAAAUAAUGCAAACAAAUACGAUUAAAUAAAAAACAUAGGCAAAUAAAUGUAUAAUUGCUUAUACUAAAUGCUAGAAACAAACGAGAAUCUCGCCUAGUUUGCACCAGGC